AUGAACACCCCCUGGAUUAUCCAUGUCUGGCAAUCCCGAGCGUCCUGUGUAAUCGGUUGCCAUACGCUUUCCAUCGUUGUGGUACGAGCUGUUGCUGUUGGUCGCGGCAUCCUGGGAACAAGGAGUGCCGAACACCCAUAUAUUGGUAACGUGAUAUUAGCUCAUACCAAUUUGACCGAGAUAAAGACCUCCCUUGGCCUUAUGUGGGAUGUAGGUGUUAGCCCUGGAGAUAUCAACCUUGGAAUAGGAUUUUACGGCAGGUCCUACACGGUAUCAGACUCGAAUUGUUAUGCACCUGGCUGUCCAUUUUCGAGUGCAGGGAAUGCUGGGUCUUGUACCGACAGUGCUGGAACCUUAUCUUACGCCGAAAUUAUGGAGUACAUGGAAGACGACGACGCCUAUGUGGUCUGGGAUGAAACGGAUGCUGUCAACUACAUGUUCUGGGAAGGUGACCAAUGGGUUUCGUUUGAUAAUAAUAUAACCUUCAAACAAAAGGUGGACUACGCCAAUGAAGUCUGUUUGGGAGGGCUAUUUAUCUGGUCUGUCGACCAGGAUACAUAUGACUGGCAGGCUUUGAGCGGCCUGCUUGACCAAACUAUAGACAGCGCCGACAUACUCACGGGCGACAACACGAAUAACUCUGCCUUAUCACAAAUUUACUCUGCUUAUACUGGCACCGACUGCUACAUUUCAGACUGUGCGGAUAUAAAUACUGGUCAGUGUGAGACCGGGUAUAGCGUAUUGGAUUAUGUGCACAAUGGAACAUACGGAAUGAUUCAGGACCCGAGUAGCACGGUGUGCAAAACUGGGAGUGAAGAUGACUCUGACGCUCAAUAUCGGAUGAUUUGUUGCCCUGUCGACAGCAUGCCUGAAAGCUGUUUAUGGGAAAGAGAUUAUGAUGAUAUGUGCACUGGAGGAAGCGGCACUUGUGGAUCUUGCAAGUUCGAAUUGGUUGCCGAUACCUACGUUGACAGGACAGGCUCAGUAGCUUGCAUUGAAAACAGCGUCAGAUCUCUGUGCUGCAACACCGACCCAGCACUUGAGAAAUGCUCAUGGACCGGGUGUGGCGCUUCCUGUCCUGCAGGGAACUACACCUUUUCCGAACAAACAACGUAUUCUGGAUCUAACUUAGCAUCGACAGAGGUGACGUGCCCGUCCGGUGAAUACUCUAGUUUCUGUUGCCCGAGUGAAGGUGAGAUCAAAGGAGACCCUGUCAACGCUGUUUUUAAUGCUGACCUGUUUGUUCUGAUCACCCAACGAAGCACGCUGGUCGACGACGGAAGUACAACAACCUGUAGCAGUGGAUUUAACAAGCUCUGCUGUGACCCUCCCGAUGCUUCCACCAGUUGGCCUGUCAACCCAAAGGAUUUAUUCGAGUAUAUGGAAGAUGAUAUUAGUUAUUAUUAUGACGUGCAAAAGACAUCAAACGAUGAAGACACCAAAAAUGCUAGCGAAGACCCCUUUGCUCUGGUAAUGAUCGACGCAGACGAUAGUGCCUACGACGAGUCGCUGGUCGACCAGUGGUCAUUCCUUACUGACGAGACGGAAUUGCAAAACCGAAAUCUGAAGGUUCACAAGCGUCACAGUUUAUUUGAGCACCGCAAUGAUACAUUUGAUAAUGUCGUGGAGGUUUACCACAUCCAGUGCAUCAAUCUUUACGCAGAUGCAAAUCCGUGCACGUCUAUUUUCAAAGGAGGAGCGCCGAACACCAUUGUCAAAAUGCCUGAGAAUGUGGGCGCCGGUCCAUAUGCACGUGUUAUCGGUCUUUCUCCUCUUUCUUCCAACGAGAUGAACCUGCCACCUAGAUCUACGGAUGAAGUGUAUGAGUUGAAGGUUGAUUAUGACUUUGCCGCUGCUGCUGCGGACGAGAAAGGUGAUGUCUACUUCCGAAUCGAUUAUACUAAUCUUCAGGGAUAUUGGGAUGAGAUUACAGAUACGCCAGCAAAGCACAAACGCUGGUUUGGCACUUUCGACAACUGGUUGAAGAAGAUGACGACGAUUGUGAAGACCGGUUCCCUGCCUCUUGAGUACCAAGAACAUAUAAAACUUUUCCAUGCUCAGGAGUACUGUCCAAAAUGGAAUCUUAAUGCAACUUUCGAUGUUGACGCAUUCCUUCGUCUAGGAUUGUAUAAUCAGUAUGGAUACUAUUUUGAGGGUUCCACUCUGCCGACUCCAGAGGUAAUUUCAGCAUACGGCUAUUUCUCGAUUCAGCCCGCGGCCGUGGUUCUCAUGACAGUCCGAGCAAAUGCAAUCAUGCAAUCCUCAACUGGGCCAACAAAGCUAUUUUCUGUAGGAUUUCCCGGUAUGUCCGUCAAGGGGUUGAUCAGUAUUGGCCCUGAGAUGCUUCUUUUAGGUCAGUUGGAUGCCUCUCUCAGUGUCUCUGGUGAACUCAACGCCGGUAUAUCUGUGGACUUUUCCCGAACAGAAGUGUAUUUCCCACAGGACGCUGCAGGAGAAGCAGAUACUGUUGAUCCAAGCAAUGACAAUCGAACUCAAACAUAUAGCUUCAACCCUACAUUGGAUGCAACACUGAGUGCUGAGGGUUCCCUGGCGUCCGAUAGUAUCCUUGACGCCGGAGGUUCGCUUUGGAAUUUCCGUCCUUGGGGUGAUCUUAUGUCCGGAUAUGUGACAGCUGGUCUCACUAACACGCUUACCUUUGGCGUGAGUGCCAAUGCAACGGCCUCGCUAGAUAGUUCACUUACAGCUGGCUUUUGCUACUGGGCGGACUACGUACAUUCCAUCUUCGUCAGGGCCGAUAUGUCCUUCCUAGGUAAUGUGUCUUACUGGGGCAGUCAAUACGAUGUGACAUCUCCCAGUGACUCAAUCGAAGUGGUACCGGAGACCUGCGUCAGUUAUUCCAGCAAUGAUACCCUUACAAAGAGAUAUCCUACCCAAAGUCUAGUCCCUGACGGUACAGAGGAGGCUUGUUUCGGAGGGGUUAUCUCCUGUCAAACAAUCGACAAUAAUGUUACUAGCGCAGCAAAUCUGUCCUGUCCCGUUGUCUGCGAUGGGGACUCUUGCACGUUUCUAGACAGUGACUCCUCGAAGAAACGACAAGUUAACAUCCCCAAAGGCUGUGUCAGGUUUCUUGCAUUAUGGUACAACUGUGAUUGGUUUCCUAACAAAUAUAUCCAAAAUCUGAAUACGGCCACCAACUCAUACAAUCCGUACUAUCAGGCCGAAGGGAUUUGCACCAACGUAUAUUCAUACCUUUAUCAAAAUAUGAAUCGAUUGAGUGCGGCGACCAUGGGGUCGAACUUUAUGCUAUUGGAAUAUCAGCGAGGCGCCACUAGCACAAACCGAGCAAAUGCCUGUGGUGUCGUUGCCAGUCAAUGUAGCCAAUUAAAAAGCUCAUUGUGGUCCUUAGCAGUUCAGCAAGCGCCACCUGACGUUGCUUAUUUGAUGCAAGGGUACAGUGACAGCAUGAUGUGUGACGAGUUUCCUUCUAACCCACUAUGUCUUUUGACGAUCCCAAUACCUGGAGUUGCCGCAUUGUCGAACCAGCAAUGGAGGAAUCCGAGUUUCACUGGCUAUACUCGCCACUUCACCAUAAAUCUCUUCGGUUCUAGCAGCAAUACGAACAGUCUUGGGCCAUUUGGAGGAUAUUAUGAUGGUUCAAACAUAGUGCCUCUCGUCCAGGUCGUCGGUGGAGUCAACACGUUUCAUAGCAACAUUUGGACAUUGAACAACAACGCGGUGGAAUACGAGAACCCCUACGUGACAGAAGUUCUAAUACCAAAGAACUGGAAGGAGUUAUCGCGUCAAAUGCCUAACGCUGAAGUGGAUGACGAGACUUUUGCGGCAAUGAUUAUUAGAGUGCUUGAAUUAGCUGAUGCUGCCAAUGAGACACUCAUCCUAAAGCCUCAUAGUGCGGUCGUGGAUACGCCUUCAAUGUCUGCAGUCAGUCAUAUGCCGAGUUCAACGCUAUCUCAUGAACACUUUGAAAGACAUGUUCAUUGGCAUCACUAG